GACUCGCUCUCUUUUUCUGAUACACUCCAGCAGUUUUUCUGACUCACUUGUUUUUCUAAUGACCUCUCUGACACAGAAAAGCAUUGGUCACGGCUACAAUGAGUGCAUUGUCCAGGAUAACCUACAUGUCAAGCCUGACUUGCCAGCAACAGCCUGCCAGGGCACCCAUAACCCUAUUGUAGCCCAUUCAGCAGAGAUAUGUUGUGCUAGCUUCUCUAUUUGACAGACACUGCUGCCCGUAUACCAAUAAAGCCAAUGCAAGCUGAUCAGAAAAAAAAAAAAAAAAAUACAUAUAUGUACAAGCAAAUAAAAGAGGAGUGUCGCUGUUAUUAGCUAGCUAAUCUAGCUAGCUUUCGAAAAACAAAAAAACGUAUUAAUGCAUCAUUCUAAAUUAAGUAUGGGUGUCAAAUCAAAUUAACAGUCAAAUCUAACAUUCUUUUCUAGAAAAUAUAAUAUGGAAAACAUCAUGUAAAAAAUGAUUUCAAUUGUAAAACAAACAGCCCCGACAUUUCCUGUUAACAUUUCCAUUCAUCUAAUUUGAUACAAGAAGGGCUUGGAGAACCCUCAGCCCCCCUUUCCCCCGUCCCUUGUUCCCUCCCUUUAAUUAUCACUGCAGGUCCUGUGCUCCUGGACUUCUGAGUGCCUGAGUGACUUUUUGAGAAAACAGAGCCACUCAUAUGUGUCAUGUAGGCAGAAUCAUACACCCAGACUGGCAUCCAGAACUUGCUGAAUAAUCAGGAAUACUGUACAUCAGCGCCUUAACGUCGGACAAGACAAAGCAUACCGUGUUCCAGGUACACUAAGUGAGGAUUCGGAAUUUCCCCCUUAUCAACUUGACAAUGCAGACUGUUUAAAAGAAGAGUCAAACAUGAGAUCAAAAAGAAGACUUUCAGGACCUAACUUUGUGCACUGACAAGAUGAUUUUUCCAAGAAUGUCAUUUUUCUCAGUUUUACGUUGGUAAUCCCGUGUUUUUUCCUCUUGAUUUGUUGUGGAUUCUUGUUUUCUUACAUUUUUGUGCAAAUUUUUCCGGAUCGCGUGUCUGCCCCAUUCGCUUACAGACUCUAACUUUGUUUCACAAUUGAAAAGGCAAACUUUCUCACAGACAGAAUUGUUGUUCAUAUGGUUUUUAUUACAGUUUAUUUUUGAACUUGAAGACUAUUUACGGAACUAUUAGAGGACUUGGAUGCAGGUCAGCGUGAGGUACUGACAACAUGGGAAUUGUAUUUUGGAUGUGCUCUCUCCUGGCUCUUCCAGUACUUCAGUCUGCCAAGAUCUUGACUGUGUGUCUAAUUGGAGGAAGCCACUACUUGUUAUUAGAUGAGAUUUCUCAUAACUUGCACCAGCACGGCCAUGAGGUCCGCAUGCUGUUACAACUGGGAAACCCCAUUAUUACAGGUUUUUCCUAUGCAAGCCGUGCAGACAGUUACCAGACCAGCACCUGGUCCUUAGGAGAAGAAUACAUUAAAGAAUACAAUGGCUGGUUUUUGGAGCAACAAACACAGUUUUUACUGGGAAGGGAUAACUUUAAUAACUUUCUAAGCUUCAUGGGGCACCUGUCCUAUCAGUGUGACAAGCUGUUAGGGGACAAAGAGAUGAUAACUUUCCUCCAGAGGGAACGCUAUGACAUCGCUGUUCUUGAUGCUUUUAACCCCUGCUCCUUCAUCCUGGCACACAAACUUGGUGUCCGCUAUAUAGCUUUCUAUCCUGGCACUCUGAAUGGUCCUCUGUCCAUCGCCCUCCCCAUUUCAGUCUCCUUCGUCCCAGUUUUCUGCUCCCAGCUGUCUGACCACAUGGACCUCUGGGGUCGUGCCAAGAACCUCUUUUAUUCACUUCUGGCUCCUAUCAGUCAGGAACUUGUAUGGUCGAUGUUUAGGGACGUAGCUGAGCGCCAUCUGGAGUCAGGCUCACCCCCUGGUGGUCUGGAGGAGUUACACCAAAGAGCUGAACUGUGGGCCUUCAACAAUGACUUUUCUCUGGAGUUCCCCCAGCCUCUUAUGCCCUUCACUGUGCUGGUUGGGGGUCUGCUGAAUAAACCUGCAAAGCCUCUGGAUCAGGAUCUUGAGUUGUGGAUCUCCAAUUUCGGAGAGGCAGGUUUCAUUGUUGUGACCCUGGGAUCUAUGGUCUCCUCAGUCUCUGUGGACCCGCUUCUGGUGGAGCUGGUGGCUGGCUUCUCCAUGAUUCCUCAGGGGGUGAUCUGGAGGUAUGACCCCAAGCAAUGGCCACCUCACUUGGACAAACCCUCCAAUCUCAGGCUCCUGGACUGGCUCCCUCUGAAUGAUAUGCUGGGCCAUAAAAAAGCAUGCCUCUUUAUCACCCACGGUGGACAAAACAGUCUUCUUCAGGCAGUGUACCACGCUGUUCCAGUGCUGGGAAUCCCUCUGUUUGGAGACCAGUUUGAUAAUGUAGUGAGGGCUGAAGCAAAGGGACUGGGCCUCACCAUCAACCCCACGCAAAUCAGCAGGGGACUGCUCCGCUCCACUAUUCAAACACUCAUACAGGACAGCAGGUUCAAGUCUUCAGCUUUGUCUCUUAGCAGGAUCCACAAAUCACAUCCUGUCCCUCCCACGCUUCGACUUAUCCAGUGGGUAGAGCACAUUCUGCACAGUGGAGGUGGAACUCAUCUCAGGCCGGCCUCACUGACGCAGCCAUGGUACCAGAGAUACCUGUUGGACCUGGUGCUUAUUCUCUCGCUGGUACUUCUUGGACCUGUAGCUCUCUGCUGGACUUACUGCAGGAACAAGAAUAGCAGAGAUAAACACCGAAAAAUACAAUAGUAACACUGAGCGUUGCCUCAGGGAAACUUUGGAUUAAUACCUCAGUUUUAUGUAACUUGUAUAUCUGGUACUUAUUAUAUACUGCAAAUGUUUAACUUGAAAUUUCAAACAUGGGGUCAAUAUUAGUGUGGAAAAAAUGCUUUUCAAAGCAG